AUGAUUAGCUUCAUUCUUAACGAUCCAGGAUCGUUUACAGCACUGAAGCUACCUGGCCAUAUAGAGGGCCCAAGAACUAAACACUGUCGGCAGCAUGCUUGGAAGCCAACGUACGCCGCCGAGAUCUACUUGUUCUUUGGGAUGUUGAUAUACAUGUCCAUCCAUCUCGAACCACACUUCAAGCAUUAUUGGAGCACUGCCCCAACCAGUCCAGUCCACCCAAUUGCUAGAUUCAUGUCGAGAAAUCGUUUUCAACUUCUCUACCGGCUGUUCUGCGUCUGGGAUUCAAUGGACCCUCCGCGAGGGGUUUUCAAUAGGAUCCACAAUUGGAGCACCCACUUACAAGAAACAUCAACUCAAUACUGGAAGCCGGAGUCUGAGGUUAGCGUUGAUGAGGCUAUGGUGAGGUACACUGGGAAAAGCACCGAAACCGUGCAUAUUCCUUCAAAGCCCAUACCAAUUGGGUACAAGGUAUGGGUGGUUGCUGACUCAGGAUACAUUCUUCGAUGGUCCUUUCAUGCAAAGGGUAGUGGAAUUGUUAUCGAUCUCCUUAGUCGGCUGCCGGCUCCUCCAUCCACAAGUCACGGCUAUCACUGCUUUAUGGACAAUCUCUUUAGCACACCUGAGCUAUUCGAGCUAUUGAGGGGCCAAGGUACUGCUGCUACAGGUACUGCACGUCUUGGAAGGAUUGAUAGCCGCAAGAUGGCGCAGCUAAAAGCUGAAGACAGAUCCAAGGAUUUUGUCGCUUGGGUCACUCUCUACGUAAGGAAGCAUAAGACUAAAGAAGUUAUGCAAUUUGCUUUCAAGGACAACGCAUUGGUACUUGCUAUGAGUACGCGUUUUACUGGGUGGGAGCCUUCGAUAUGGAGACUACGUAGACAGCCCGGGAAAACGUCCACAAGUGCUAAAACUGCAAGAGUACCCUUCGAAGGCGAACCGACAAAGAUGUUACAGAUCCCUCGUCUUAUUGAUGAGUAUAACCAUCACAUGAACGGCGUUGACAACGGCGACCAGUUGCGAGCCGACUUCGAGUCACCUAGGAGAAUACAACGUGGUGGGCAUCAAUAUCAAUCUUAUUUCUCACCUUUGUUUAACAACCGACCAGACGUAGCUGUCACGAAUUCUUUUUUACUACAACGAGAAGGCUGGCCGAAAACGUCGAAGCUUAGAUGCAAGGACCAAACGGCUUUCCGUCUAGCUUUGUGCAAGGAGCUGCUUCUCCAGUACGGGAAACAAGUCGCUCUACACAACUCAGGCGUGCCAUGUAUUCCCGAGGCUAUGCCCACACAAAAUGCGGGCGAGAUACACUCAAAAGUGCAUCGAGCAAAACGUGGCUGGUGUGCUUGUUGCUCCUCGAAGCGGCAAAACUACGUACUUGGACGAGCACAUGCAUUACGUUCGAAAAGGAUGUUCACAAUGCGGCGUGCCACUUUGAGAGGCAAGCCAGGGCUUGCGCAAAAGAGCCUUGAGGAACGAAACAAGAAGCCCUCCAAUCACGCCCCGACAGCAACCAAUUGCCUAGGGACCUGGGACUGUCUAAUGGUCGAAUGGGUUGUCGAGCGCAAUCUAUGCUUCUGA